GCGCACCCCAUAACCCUCAUCUGCUCUCGGAGGUGUACAUAAUCAUUUCCGACGACAUCAUGAGGUGUUCUGUGUCUCUACUGCUGCUGUCGCUGCUCUCGCUGUCGCACGGCUACCGGGUGCCAAGCGACUCCGAGGCUCUGCCGUGCGAUGACACGGUCUGCAAGCUGCCGGACUGUCGCUGCAGCGGCACCGUCAUCCCCGGCGCACUGCCCGUCCAGCAGAUCCCGCAGAUUGUGAUGCUUAGUCUGGAUGAUGGUGUACAGGACAGAUGGAAGGCGGACUUAGCAAGAGUGCUGGCUGACCAUGAGAAUCCUAACAAAUGUCCCGUAGGUACUACGUUCUUCGUUACCCACGAGUACACGAGUUAUCAGCUGGUAGAGGAGUACUAUAGCCAAGGAUACGAAAUAGCCACGCACUCCAUCUCGCACAAGAACGACCAGGACUACUGGAAGAGCAACAGUACGUCUCAAUGGCAGGACGAGAUUAUCGGUAUGAAGACGAUACUCAGCGAUACUCAGUAACUUUGCCAACAUGUCAACAGUGGGUCCAGAAUACUCGUCGACAAGAUCUGCUAAACCGACCCGUGGUGUACUUGUCAAACAACUGCCGUCUUUGUUCUGAACACUUUGAACUUGACCAAUU